CGCCGCAAGGAAGCCCAGCAUCUGUUGCAGCGGCAUGAAGCCAACAACAUUGAGAGACUCAAGUACUGGCACUUUGAACCGAAUGGCGACGAGGCAACACCGGAAGAACAGCAUAAGGAGUUCAUGGCCAAGCUCGUGACCAGGUUGGUUUACACAUGUAACCACCUACAGUCCGAGCUGGCGAACCUCCAGCGGGCCGUGCGGAACCAUAAGACUCAGCACGAGGAUGCCACACGGGCACUGGACGCCCGUGUACGCGACUUGGAACAAGUUCCACCAAGACCAGAUGCUGGGGCUUCCAGCAGUGCAUCCUCUAGCCGCCAACUGGAGGAACGUGUUGACCACGUAGUGGCAAUGCUCGACGACAUCAGCACCUUCGCUGCGCCGACCACCAUCAACAGUCAACUGCAUACCUUGAAGACCGAGGUCCAGCAGUUGCAGUCGACGAACGCGGAUGGCAAUCCGAAGUUGUACAAGAUGCCAACUUUCCAACUGGACAGGUUCGACGACUACACGCAGCAGGAUCCGGUCCUCUGGUGCGAAGCAUUCACAACGCAACUCAGGAUUCUGCCAGUCGCCAAGCAAGCGUACAUCGGCGCCCUGUUCAUGAACUCAAAGGGCGGAUGCCAGACCUGGUUGACCCACCUGGCAACCUCCCACGGCGUCGACGUACCGGACUUGAAGGACAAAAUCACAUGGGAGGAACUGACACGGCUGUGGAAGAAGCGGUUCAUCGUCGACGACGCGCAAGCACUCGCCAUCAACCGUCUGUUCACCAUGUCACAAGGCAACACCGCAACACGGGAUUGGCUCACUGAGUGGCAGAAGAUUGCGACAGUGCCCAAUCUGGACUUGCCAUUCAUGCAUUUACGUCGUGAGUUCUACAACAGGUCCUGUGCUGCAUUGAGCCAGACUCUUGGUGAUCGCGAGCAGUACUCAACCUUCGCUGAGAUCAUUGACAAGGCGAGGGAAAUCAUCAAGACCAACAGGUCAGCUGCACACGAGAAGUCAACAUGGCAGCCGACCUAUGUGGAGAAGGUACGAACUGGUCCGCGACAACAGCACUUUGCUGCAGUCCAGUUGGACAGUGGAGAUAACCAAGCAGCCACUCCAGCAUCAGGUGACGGAGAUCAGGUGGCUGCUGUCCAGCCGCGAAGCAACGACAAGUCCCGCAACACUGGGAAGGCGAAGUCCGCAUCGCAGGCCGGAAAUGGACAGCCAGUACAAGUUCCAUGGAUGAAGUUCGGCUUGACCGAGGCAGAGUACAAGACAAUCAGGAACGCCGACCCUCUCCCACGCAUCGACGACCUUCUCGAGCGACUGGGCGGCGCCAAGUUUUUCUCCAAGCUGGACCUCAAGUCGGGAUAUCACCAACUCGAGAUUCGCAAGGAGGACCGUUACAAGACUGCGUUUAAGACGCGAUAUGGGCAUUUCGAAUUGCUGGUUAUGCCAUUUGGCCUUACGAAUGCCCCGACCACUUUCCAAGCGGCUAUGACAACGGAAUUCCGACAUAUGCUGGAUCGUUUCGUACUUAUCUACCUCGACGACAUUCUGGUGUACAGCCGGAGUUUGGAGGAGCAUGUGGAACACCUGCGCACCGUUUUGGAGCGACGACGACAAGCCAAGUACAAAGCCAACCGCGAGAAGUGCGAAUUCGCGCGGCAGGAGCUGUUGGUUUACACAUGUAACCACCUACAGUCCGAGCUGGCAAACGUUCAACGGGCCGUGCGGAACCAUAAGAUUCAGCACGAGGAUUCCACACGGGCACUGGACGCCCGUGUACUGGGCCUGGAACAGGCUGUACCAGGACCAGAUGCUGGAGCUUCCAGCAGUGCAUCCUCUAGCCGCCAACUGGAGGAACGCGUUGACCACGUAGUGGCAAUGCUAGGAGACAUAAGUGCCUUCACAGAGCCGGCCACCAUCAGCCAGCGGUUCGAGUUGCUGGACACUAGGAUCAAUCAGCAACAGCAGAUAGACCACAAUCACAACAAUAGCUCGACGAGACCAUACAAGAUGCCGACGUUCCGGAUCGAGAAAUUUGAUGACUACACACAUCAAGACCCGGUCGUCUGGUGGCAAGGAUUUACAACGGAAUUGGGGAUUCACGAAGUCCCUGACCAUCUGUUCAUCAGUGCUCUAUUCAUCAACACCAAGGGAGGUUGUCAGAUCUGGCUCAGCCACAUGGCAACCAUCCACGGCGUCCAGGUUUCAGACCUGUACAAGAAGGUCUCCUGGGAGGACAUGGCAAAGGAAUGGAAGAAGCGGUUCAUCGUCGAUGAUGUCCCGACACUCGCCAUAACCGCAUCUUCACGAUGGCUCAAGGGAGCACACCAACACGUGAACACAAUUGCAGGGCUGGAAUUACAUGAGAAUGUGCUGAACAAGGAUGAAGCCGCCAGACUGGUAGAGCUGGUGAUGGAGCUUAAGCAAGCGGGAAGAAGGGGAGAUCUGUGGGGUGCGUGUGCUGCAUGACACAAAGGAAUCUGCUCCUUAGUGUUGCGCAAACAUGUUUCUCUUUAUGACAGAGGGAGGGAAAGAUUUAAUCUGCUGAAGACAGUGAAAAGAUGAUUGAGAGGAAUGAAUGUGGCUAACUGCUAGACCCCAAUACAGGUUCUAUCCAGCAGUGCAGUAUUAGGAAAAAUGUACAUUAAUUCAUUCAACGAGUCCAAUAAUCCAUAUAGUAGAAGAAAGAUGAAGUUCAUCAUGACCGCACAUAAGACUUUACAAAGUACAAUUGCGAAGUAUUAGAAGUUCUGAAAUUGAGUUGUGCAGGAGUAAAGCGCAAGGAAUAUC